AUGUCCGAUUCAGACGACGAGGACUCCCAGACUUCGGCCGUAGUGCCUCUGGGACCUUUUGCGCAUAGCUGUGGCUACUGUAGCCCUGCAGGUGAAAGGAGCGCGGCCAAGAGCUCCGUUAACGCCGCGACGCUCGAAGCUCUCCGGCUGACGUGCGACGUUUACCAGAAGAUGAUCGACCGCGGCUGGAGGAGAUCGGGCACGUACUGCUACAAGCCAGACUUGCGCGCGUCGUGCUGUCCUCAGUAUACGAUCAAACUAGACGCGAAGACGUUUCAGCCGAGCAAGAGCCAGCGGAAGGUCAUCAACAAAUGGAACAAGUUCAUUCUCGAGGGUGAUCUUGGGGGUGAUAUACCCGUGGACGGAUCAAGCGCCACACGAAAACCCGCAAAGCGCCAGCAGCCCUUUGAUCUAGUUCGCGACCUGCAUGCUUCAGAAAAGCCCUUCCUAGACGCUGAUGCUCGACCAGCUCACGAGUUCACGGUGACUCUUGAGCUCGCUAGAUACACCGACGAGAAGUUUGCGCUUUACCAGAGCUAUGAAGCCAACAUUCACCACAAGCCCGAAAAGCAAAAGACGUCAUUCACAGAGUUCCUUUGCGAUUCUCCGCUCCUUACUAGCCCGAUGACAUAUCCGGCGACUGCACCCGCACAUCUACCCACUGAAUACGGCUCAUAUCACCAGCUCUACCGCCUUGAUGGCAGACUCAUCGCUAUGGGCGUCAUCGACAUCCUGCCCUCGUGCGUGUCGAGCGUGUACUUCAUGUGGGAGAAAGAGUUUGAGAAGUACUCUCUUGGGAAACUGAGUGCCAUGCGCGAGGUGGCGCUCGCGCGGGAGAUCGCCGAAGCGGGCGCAGAAGGAAUGGAAUAUCUAUACAUGGGCUUUUACAUUCACUCGUGCCCCAAGAUGCGUUACAAAGGCGAAUACAGCCCCUCCUACCUCGCCGAUCCGGAAGACUUUUCAUGGCACCGACUCGAACCCUGCCUAAAGCAACUGGAGACGCAUCGAUACGCAUGCUUUUCGAAACCUGAGCAUUCGUUGAGGAUUGGCGAACCUCCGCCCGAGGCGUCCAGUCUGAGAGCGGGUUCAUUCAAGCAGCGCGCGGCGGCUGUUAUCGAGGCCCUUGGGUUGGAGGUUGCCAGACAGGUCGACUUUUAUAGUGCUUAUUAA